AUGAAUCCACCACACGAAGUAUACCUUGACAACAACGCAACAACUAAAGUCGACCCGGAAGUUCUUAAGGCUAUGCUUCCAUACUUUUGUGAGGUAUACGGAAAUCCAAACUCACUUCACACCUUUGGUCAAAAAGCGAGAAAGGCUGUCUCCGAUGCUUUAGAUUCGAUUUACACUUGUUUGGGGGCCACUGAUGAUGACACGGUGUUGGUCACUUCCAACUCGACGGAAGGUAAUAACACUGUUUUGAAGACCAUUCUGUCCAAUUACGAGACUGAAAAAGGCAAGCGCAACAAAAUCAUCGUCACACAAAUUGAGCACCCCUCGAUCUCUGAAUCAUCAAAAUACCUUUCUAGCCAUGGCAUAGAAGUGGUUUCUCUUCCCGUGAACAACGAAGGAAUAGUCGAUGCAGAGAUUUUGAAGAAGAACAUUGACGAGAGAACAGCACUUGUCAGUUGUAUGUGGGUGAACAACGAGACUGGGCUCAUUCUUCCGAUUAAGGAACUUUGCCAAAUUGCGCACGACCACGGCGCUUAUUUCCACACAGACGCCACACAGGCAGUUGGAAAAAUCCGGACGAGAGUCGAUGAAGUUCCCGUCGACUACAUGACAUUCACUGCUCACAAAUUCCACGGACCAAAAGGUGUCGGGUGUUUGUUUAUCAGAGCUGGAAGACCUAUAAUUCCAUUGUUACACGGUGGAGAGCAAAUGGGUGGCCUUAGAAGUGGAACUAUUGAUACCCCAAGUGUCGUCGGACUUGCUCUUGCCUUGAAGAAGGCAUUUGAAUACAUCGACUAUGAAAAUUCGACGAUUAAGAAGCUGAGAGACAAGCUUGAGAAUGCACUGAGACUCAUCCCAGACACUACCAUUGUCGGAAAACCAGAGAACAGAGUGCCAAACACUAUUUUGUGUGCUUUUAAGGGAGUCGAAGGGGAAGCGAUGUUGUGGGAUUUAAACAAACACGGGAUUGCUGCUUCAACGGGGAGCGCAUGCGCAUCGGAGUCUCUCCAGGCCAAUCCCACAUUCCAAGCAAUGCAUAUGGGGUCAGACUUAUCACAUACAGGUAUUAGAAUUUCAUUGUCUCGAUUUAACACGGAGGAAGAGAUAGACUACACUAUUGAAGUCAUCAAGGAAUCUGUCAAGAGACUGAGAGAGCUCUCGUCGACUUACUAA